UACAAACGUCUUGUACCGAGUUGUCAUUUUCAUUAUUUUAAACAUUUUAACUAAAGUUAUUUUAGUGAAUCGUUAAAACUUUUUUUAAGCAUUAAUACUUUAAAUUUAUUAAACAAAAAUCAACAUUUUGAAGAACGUGUAUACUGUUAGUUAUUGGAUCUUUACUCCCGCGUAAUACUAAAACAGGGACGAGGGCUCUAUAAAUAAGACCAACAACAACUGACGAUCAUCAGUUUACCACAAUUCUGCAAACCAUAUCCACACUUAUUUGAACAUUCAUUUAAGCAAGAAUACCAACAAUGAAGAUAAGUAUGUAUUUGAGUGUAAUCCUCUUGGCAUUAGUGAUCAAAGUUGUAACAGCUAAUGUUAGACUCCAACGUUCACCUCAGCAAUACUGUGGUUCUAAAUUGGCAGACAUCAUGAAAGCUCUAUGCAAUACCAAGUACAAUGUACCAAAAGGACAUAAAAGAAGUGAAAUCGAUUUUGAUGUAUGGGAUUACAAAGACCUCGAAGACUACAAUGCUGUUGACUACCCAUAUAUAAAGAAAGAAGACAUUUCAUUUAUGCCCUCUCGUUUUCGGCGCUCUGUCAAAAGAAGUAUCAUCGAUGAAUGCUGCCGCAGACCCUGCUAUUUAUCUGAACUAAAAUCUUAUUGUGCAAGUCAGUAGUGAUUGACUUAUUUAUAAGUGAUUUUAGACACUGAAUAAACCAUUAUUAUAGAAA